AGCCUGCUGCCGCUGAUGCCUCACACCGUAUUACCGCACUGACACUGGAGGAAGAGGGACGACGGACUGCCGCCAAGCUGUUUGGGAGCACUGCCCCGCUGCCACGGACAGAGAGAGAGCGAGAGAGGGGAAAAGACAGAGAGGGGGAGAGGGAAGAAGGAGCAGAGGUAGGAAGAGCGAGUGGGAACGAGUGCUUGGUGUGCGGGGCUUUGUUCGCCUCACAGGAGAAGCUCCGGCUCCACGCCUUGAGUCACACAGGAGAAAAACCCUUCCACUGCUCACAGCCACACUGUCCCAAGGCCUUCAGCUCCAAAUACAAACUCUUCAGGCAUAUGGCCACACAUUCUCCACAGAAGACACAUCAGUGCUCAUUCUGUGAGAAAAUGUUCCAUCGUAAGGACCACCUGAAAAACCACCUGCAGACCCAUGACCCCAACAAGGAGGCCUUCAAGUGUGAGGAGUGUGGGAAGCACUACAACACCAAGCUAGGAUAUAAGCGCCAUGUGGCCAUGCACUCUGCCACUGCAGGGGAUCUCACCUGUAAAGUGUGCAUGCAGAGCUAUGAGAGUACACCUGUUCUCCUGGAGCAUCUCAAGAGCCACUCCGGGAAGUCUUCAAGUGGCACCAAGGAAAAGAAACAUCCAUGCGACCACUGUGACCGCCGUUUCUACACGCGGAAGGAUGUGAGGCGGCACAUGGUGGUACACACAGGUCGAAAGGACUUCCUGUGCCAGUACUGUGCCCAGCGCUUCGGUAGGAAGGACCACCUGACACGCCACGUGAAGAAAAGCCACUCCCAGGAGCUGCUGAAGAUCAAGACAGAGCCUCCGGACAUGUUAGGUCUUUUAGCUUCAGGGUCACCACCUUGUUCUGUCAAGGAGGAGCUCAGCCCCAUGAUGUGCAGCAUGGGUCCCAACAAAGACCCCAUGAUGGGCAAACCAUUCCCCAGUGGGGCGCCUUUUCCAAUGGGCAUGUACAACCCCCACCAUCUUCAGGCCAUGUCUAAUAGUGGGGUGGGUCACCCACACCCAUCCCUGAUGCCCACUUCCUUGUCUGCAGCUAUGGGGAUGGGCUGUCACAUGGAAUCCCCUGGAUCUCUUCACCCACACUCCCAUCACCACCACCAUCAUCACCACCAUCACCACCACCACCAUUCCCCUCCACUGCCUCCCCACCACCAGGCUCCGGCUCCCCAGCAGCAGCACCAGCCAGCCCCCAAGUACCAGCUGGGAUCUACCUCAUACCUGCUGGACAAGCCCCUGAAAGUGGAGAUGGAGAGCUUCCUCAUGGAUCUGCAGAGCGGCCUGCCCGGCCCGGUUCCCUCUGCAGAGCCCCACGCUGCUGCCUCGCCCCCCAAGGAUGGACUGGAGCCCACCUCGGGCCUGACAGAUGAGCUUUGCGGGGAUCCCCUCUUGUCCAAGAGCCCUGCGGUGAUCGCUGAGUCUCUGUGUGCUGCUAACAUGGACUUCUCUCACCUGCUGGGGUUCCUUCCCCUGAACCUGCCUCCCUACAGUGCCCCCAUGAGCACGGGAGGGCUAGUAAUGGGCUACACCUCAUCUACAACCUCCUCCUCUUCUUCCUCCUCCUCUUCCUCAUCUCUGCAUGUUGCUGAGCCCCACGCUGCAGCAGUCGCAGCGGCAGCAGCUGCAGUUGCCACAGCACCUCUUACCUCUUUGCAACCGCAACCUCAGGAGCAGCAGAGCUCCAGUGGGGGUCUGGGCCUGGGACCCCUGCACCCCCUCCCACCAGUGUUCAGCUCCAGCCUUAGUUCCACCACACUGCCUCGCUUCCACCAGGCCUUCCAGUGAGAGAGCCAGCCUUGGCCUGGCCCUGCCCAGCCGAGAUGGCCUCCACGCCAACCUCAGCUCAGCUCUGCAAGGAUAUUUUGGGCUGUGGUUAUUUUACAGGACCUGAUAAAAGGGUUGAAGAAUUAGAAUAAAUAAAUACACAAAUGAACACUUAGAAGCCUUAAAUGAAAGUGUACAAAGCUUUUGAUUGAGCCUUAAAAGGAAGUUUGAGCAAAAAGGUGAGAAAAGAAGUUGAAGCAUCUUUUAUUUGGGCUUUUUCCCCAUCCUAUAGUUAUAACAAUGUAUUAACCAUUUAAAAAAAAUUCAUUUACUUCCUCUUUUAUCCCCCUUCCAUCCCUUAUUUAGUAGUAUAGAGUGCAGGAUCAGUAGGCCAAAAGGCGUGGUACUGCAUAAUGUAAUAAUAUAAAAAAAAAGCAAAGAUCAUUUUUAGUGAAGAUUCUGUUUUGUUGUGACCCAGAAAAAAAACUAUAGUUUGAAGUGGAUAUUUUGUUUUACUUUAUUUUUCUAUUCCAAAUAUAAGAACAUGGUAGAAUGAGUUUCAUCUUGAGUUCUGAAGCACCCACUCUAAUAACAUAAGCUGUCAUGAUUAGUAUGGAGAAGGAAGAGAAGAAGAGAAUCAGCAACUGAAUCUUAACUCUAAGCUGAUGGCUAAGCUAGGGCCACCGCUGCCUUUUAAAAAAGUGCUCUUCAAACAAGGUUAAAAUUAGAUGGACGUCCCAGUUAUUUACUUUUAAAUGUAACUGAUGUGUUCCUAGAAUCAGGUAGGUUUUAAUGGAAAAAAGCUCACUAAAUGAAAAACAGAGACCGACGUUGUGAUUCAUAAAGAGCUCUCUGUUUUCUGCCGAACACAAAGACCAGUCACACACAUGGCCACACAUUUUUAAAGACAAAAAAGAGAGAAAUGUGAACAUGUGAGUUGGUUGAAAAUGAUGUAAUGUCCCGCUGGUUUUUUACUGUUCCUCAAGAGAAGCACUUUUUUGUUUUUUUGUUUUUUUGUUUUUUUUUAGCUGAAGGCACUUCACCUUUAGGAAGCUCAUUUGUCUCCUUCCUUCUAGAGGUUUUCACUGCCUGACACUGAGACUUUCUCCUUACUCCCUAGUCCAUCACAAAACCUUGAAUCCACCUGGUUUCUUUUGUGAGGACUGUCCUUCCUUUACCUGUCUUCCUUCUAACAGACAUCUUUAAAAUUUCCCGUGAUAAUGACAUAACCUACUGCAGCUGUUUCUUAGCUGCCCAACACAUCUAAAAUAUUUCAUACAGACACAUUUGUACACAGAUGCAUCAUCAUGGUAAUGAUGAACCCUGACAUAUGUGAAUGGCUAAAAACAAGAAUUACAGUGGCCGAUGAGGAAAAAUGUGUUAAAGAAUGUUAUUGCAGUGUACGAAAUAUCUCAAAAAUGAAUAUUAUAAUUGCUUUUAUCUCAGUAAGGUGUAUUGUAGGUAGGUGUAUUAAAACUGAGUGAUGAUGUUUUGAUGUCUGGCAGGUUUACAUUUGUGUGUAUCUUGCAUUUUUGAUGAAACAAAUGGAUGAAGUAAUAGCUUUUGCCCUUACGUUUUCUCCGUCAUAUUCAAUCUUUACCUUUACGUGCACUUGAGUUAGUAUAGCGGAUUCCAAACUGUGGAGGGGAAGUAUUUGUAGAAGGCUGUUAGUGGCUUAAUAAUCAAGUAGGAUUUGAACUAGAUGGACAGUGUCAUAAGGAUGCUGACAUGGAUGAAUCUAUGACUGUAGGUCCUUAUCUUGUGGAUUAUGUAACACAUGCUGUGAUGAAAUUGCUGACGAUUUCACUCAGAGCUCAGUGGUUUUAGAUGUUUUGAGCCUUUCAAACUAUACACCACCAGCCUAUAAAAACCUGAGCCCAAAGUUAACCUAUGCCUCAAAGUGAAAUAGGUGCUCUUUACCUAAUGUUCUACCUGUGGCAUGACCAACCCGACUGGCAUAUCCAUAGCUUCACACAGGGCUGAGCUCCUGCAUCACCUGUGAUAGGCCAUUUUGUGCGUGACUGUUGUUCCUUUUGCCUUCAGUGGUUGUCAUGCAACAGGUGAGCCCCACUCACUAUAAAAUGUUGAGUAAAAACAAACAAA